UUGUGAAAAUAAAUGAAAUAUAGAGUUAGAAAAUUAUUUUUAAAAAAUUAGGAGGCAAUCCUAUUAUACAUUUUACAAAUAUCAGAAUGUAAUUUUCUCAUCGAAUAGCUCCGCCCCUGACUUUAGGCUUGAAGUUGCAUUUUCAAAAUAUGAUUUGAAAUUUUUUUACCAGAAAUAAUUGAAGUCAUAUUUUGAGAACAAUACUUUAGUGAAAUCAUAUUUUCAAAACACAGGUGUGGAAAACAAAUUCCAAAUUACUUGAGUUGAGUUUGAGUUUGAAAGAUCUGUUAUUAAAAUAGCAUGGUUUGGUAGAACAAUCCUUUAAUCAAUUUUAGUACUCUAUUCAUUGAAAAUUAAAUAAACAUAACUAGUAGUAAUAAUAGUAAAUGAUAAUAAAUAUAAGAAAAAGAAUCACAAAUCUUCAAAAUACAGAGCUAUAUACAAUUUCAGCCCCUAUCUAGAGGCAAAUGCAGUUUCAACUGUCCUUCCGAUCUUAUUAUUGUUAUUACUUUUCGAGCAUUGAGAACUGUGCUAUAGCUUUUAGCUGUACUUGAUCUUGUAUCCUCUGUUCUUUUCCCUCUCUACACUUCUUUGCCACAUAUAUUUGGAAGCAAUAGGCCUGAGUUUGGAACUGUGCUUCUCAGUUUUCUCAAUGUCCUGUUUGAUUCAAUCCCUUUGGACCUUUCUUUCUCAAUUUCCCAUCUGGGUUUUUGAUAAGAUGAGUGAUUUCAACAAAAAACCAUUUGGAUUUUCUCAUUCUAUCUCACCUCCUCUAUAGCUCUGCUUCUACUCCUCUGUUCUUUUUUACACUCUUAUGUCCCUGUUUUUUUGUUUUUUGUUUUUUGUUUUUUUUAAUACAACUCUCAUAACGAGGACUCCAAAACCAUCUUGUUGUGUUCUUUAGUGAAGAACUAAGGGACUCAUAUGGAUCACUGAUAAGAAAGUUGACUUUGGUGUUGGAGCCAAUCUUCUCCAUUCUUGAUUCCCCUGUUUUUGCUCUGUUUUAAUCAUUUUUGUUCUUGGGUUUGGUUUAGCUGUGGAUUAAGUCAUCCCCAUGAAGAUUUUCAACAACAUCAGUGAUUGUGUUUUGUUUGUUUUCAUAAUCUCUUUGGGUGUUUUGUGUAAUGGAGAAGAAGAAAUUUCAGUAGCACCGAUGGAAAAAACAGAGAAAGAAGCUCUGUAUUAUACUAUACAGGGUUUUGUGGGUAAUUGGUGGAAUGGCUCAGAUCUCUAUCCAGAUCCUUGUGGUUGGACACCUAUACAGGGUGUAUCUUGUGAUCUCUAUAAUGGCUUUUGGUAUGUCACUGCCUUAAACAUUGGCCCUAUUCAAGACAACUCUCUUCAUUGUGCCCCAAAUCCAGAAUUUAAACCAGAUUUAUUUAGACUCAAACACUUAAAAUCUCUAUCAAUCUUCGAUUGCUUUGUUUCGCCCCACAACCACCCUAUCCCAAUCCCAACCGAUAACUGGGAAUUACUUGCUACCAACUUAGUAUCACUAGAAUUCCGAUCCAACCCUGGUCUCAUCGGUCAAAUCCCCACUGUUUUUAGUGACCUAAGAAAGCUCCAAUCUCUCGUGCUAUUGGAAAAUGGAUUAACGGGCGAAUUACCAACAAACAUUGGCAAUUUAAUCAAAUUGAGGAGGUUAGUCCUUGCCGGCAGUGAAUUUAGAGGUCAAAUCCCAGAAAAUUUUGGUGCGCUAUUUGACCUUUUAAUCCUUGACUUGAGUAGAAAUUCACUAUCAGGGACUUUGCCUUUGAAUUUGGGAACAUUGACUUCACUAUUGAAGCUUGAUUUGAGCAACAAUCAAUUAGAGGGACAAAUUGGAAGUGAAAUUGGAAAUCUAAAGAAUCUAACACUGUUGGAUCUCAGCAAGAACAAGUUUUCAGGUGGGUUGACCAAUUCACUCCAAGAAUUGUCUUCUUUACAAGAGUUGGAUUUAUCAAACAACCCAAUUGGUGGAGACUUAUUGAGUGUGGAGUGGCACAGACUACAAGGGUUAAUCUUUUUGGAUCUGUCCAAUAUGGGCUUGACAGGAGGAGUUCCAGAGUCCAUGAUAGGCUUGAAGAGGCUGAGGUUUUUGGGUCUUAAUGAGAACCACCUCACAGGCAAUCUCUCCCCAAAGCUUGAAUCUUUGUCUAGUGUGAGUUCACUAUACCUAAAUGGGAACAAUUUGACAGGUGAGCUUACAUUCUCAGAAUGGUUUUAUGGGAAAAUGGGGAGGGGUUUUAGGGCUUGGAACAACCCUGGUCUGUGUUACCCAGAUGGGUUGGUGUCACCAACAAAUCAUGGUCCAAUUGGGGUAAGACCAUGUCAUCAAGAGGUCACAACACUACGUGGUUUUGAAUUUGAUCCUAAUUUGAAACCCAAAUUGGGUAAUGGGAAUUUGAAUCAGAAAACCCAAUUCAUGUCUUCUUUGGGAUUUUCAAGGUAUGGUGUUGAUGGGUUUUGGUGUGUAUUUGUGGUAGAGACAUUGAUGAUUCUUCUUCUAGUCUUGAAUUUUUCCCUGUAAGGUUUACUUGUAGGAGGAUAUUUGAUGUUAUGAAGAUUAACCUUUUUCUUUAUCCUCUUUUUUGAUUUUUUUUUUUUUUUUUAAUGUUUUCUCUAAUAUCGAUUAGCAUCAAGGUAAUGUGUAGUAACGUAG